AUGUGUUUUCACAAGACUUGCAGGAUCAAACGAUUCCUGGCUAAGAAACAAAAGCAGAAUUGUCCCGUUCCCUGGUGGAUUCAGAUGAAAACUGGUAAUGAAAUCAGGUUAAACUCCAAGAGGAGACACUGCAGAAGAAUCAAGCUGGGUAUAUAA